CCCAGCAGUGCCACCCACAAGUUCCGCCCACCUGUGCCCAGCAGUGCGCCCACUAGCUCCGCCCACCUGUGCCCAGCAGUGCACCUACCUGUGCCACUCUGCAGUGUCACACACCUGUGCCCAGAAGUGCCACCUACCUGUGCCCAGCAGUGCCACCCACCUGUGCCCACCCACCUGCGCCCACCAGUGCCACCCACCUGUGCUGCCCACCAGUGCCACCCACCAGUGCAGCCCAGCAGUGCUGCCAGUCAGUGCCACCAUCAGUGCCCAGCAGUGAUGCCAGUCAGUGCCAUCUAUCAGUACCCACCAUCAGUGUCACCUAUCAGUGCCGCCUAUCAGUGCUGCAUAUUAGUGCCGCCUAUCCCU